GGAGAAAUAUCACAACACACCGAUGAGCCAUAAGGAGAUCCUCCAGGUGAUCCAGCGAGAGGGGCUGAAAGAGAUCAGCGGCACCUCCCCCCUGGCGUGCCUGAAUGCCAUGCUGCACACUAACUCCCGCGGUGAGGAGGGCAUGUUCUACAAGGUCCCGGGCAGGAUGGGGGUCUACACGCUGAAGAAGGACGUGGCGGAUGUAGUGAAGGAUCUGUCGGACUGCUCGGAGGACAGCAGUGAGGCGCAGUCGGAUUCUCCCUUUUCAGAGAGUAGUUGCUCCACCAGCAGCACCAGUGCGACCAGUAACAAGGAUCGGGGGAGGAGCUGCUGGAAGAGGAAAGUGUCAUCUAGACUUUCCCAGCCAUCAUCCCCCCAGUCGAGCUGUCCAUCUCCCCCCAUCCCUGCGGGUAAAGUCAUCUCUCCAUCUCAGAAGCUCAGCAAGAAGGCCCUGAAGCAGGCUCUGAAGCAGCAGCAGCAGAAGAAGCAGCAGCGGCGGAGAUCUGGGAUAGCGGUUCCGUCCAGCCAGCACCUCCUGCUGAAAACUGUGAAAGCUGCAACGAAUAUCACCCCGGCCAAACCAGCGCCAGCACCUCACAGACACUUGAAGAGGACCAAAGGGGCGGAGAUCGAUGUGGAGACGCCGGACUCCAUCCUGGUGAACACCAACCUGCGGGCGCUAAUCAAUAAACACACCUUCUCCCUGCUCCCGGGGGAUGGCCAGCAACGCCUGCUCCGACUCCUGCCUGAGGUGGACCGUCCGGCCGGUGCUGACGGUCUCCUCAGACUGAACACUUCUGCCCUCAACAACGAGUUCUUCACCUCAGCGUCUCAGAGCUGGAAGGAGCGACUGUCUGAAGGUGAGUUCACACCAGAGAUGCAGCUGCGGAUCCGUCAGGAGAUGGAGAAGGAGAAGAAGGUGGAGACCUGGAAGGAGCAGUUCUAUGAGAGUUACUAUGGGGAGAGUUGCGGUCUGAGUGAGGAGGAGCUGUACCGGAUGACGGCAGAAGACCCCGCGCUCUCUCCCCCCAUCCUACACAUUACAAUGGAUCCCGCUGGAGACGUCUCAAGGAGCCCUCCAGCAGAAGAGCAACCGCCCCUGAAGACUGAAGACAACCAAGAGGUUACAGAAGCCAUAAAAGAGCCAGAGGAGAGGAACGUGGACGUCAGUGAUGGAAACCAAGACGUCACGGAGGAGGCAGAAACCACUACAGAGGCUCCGCCCACCCCCGAGUCCAAAGAGGAGGAGCCGGAGGACCAUACCUGUACCACCCCCAUCACACCAAAGAGCCCCACCCACCUAGAAUCACCAUCAGGCGGUAAAGACCACCACCGUCCACAGAGCUCAAGUGAGUCGGAGUCACCAGAGAAGGCCGAGGGCCCCAGCAUCGGGGCCAAGAGGCGCCUGGAGGUCGGGGAGGAUCAUCCGGCUGCUCCGGAGAAGAGUCCACGUAUGAUGGAUCUCAACCAGUCCCAGCAGUCAUUUCGUGCCUUAUGUAAGCCUCCGACCGACACGCCGCAGAACAGGCCCGAGCAGAAAGUGCCACCGCUCAAGAUUCCGGCGGCGUGGCUCUCUCCAAAGCCAUUUCUCCCCAGUCAGGUCUCUCCCAGGCCCGCAUUUCCAGCCACUGGUACCAGUCCCGGGAGGACAGGAGCCCGAACACUUGCUGACAUCAAGGCGAAGGCUCGCUUGGCCCGUGCCCAGAGAGCGGCGGCUGUUGCAGCCCAUGGAAGCUCCGUCCCCGGACCUGGACCUGGAGGAGGCCCAGGAGGUGGACCCAAGGGGGAGAUUGGGAACCGAGUACUGGACAUGGGAAAUACUGGAAGCGGGAGAAGUGAAAGGGGAAAUUCACCCUCAAUACCAGAUCACCAAAAUCAAAGGGAGGUCAAGAAACCAGUGCAGGCACCAGCUGACAGUCCAGCAAGAACACAGCUACUGCAAAAACCCAGUGUACAACCCCGAUUCACGGUUACUUCCCAUCAACCCAACCCCGCCGAAACGCCAAGAAGUGUCACCCAAAGCUCAGAAAGAGAUGAGUGUAGAAGGAAGCUGACUCCGGAACCAGGGACACCAGAUAAGUCCAUACAACCAUCUGGGACUGUGAAGACCACGACCAGCGGAAGCUUCCAGAAGAUCGACAGGGUCUUAUCUCACGAAGGCACAAGUGUCCCAUCAAUACAAAGCACAAAGAGAGCACAAGCUGAUAAUACAAGCCAACUAAGAAUUGCCUCACCGCCUGUUUCUGCUGCAAGGAUAGCCCCAAGUCAACCACAACCAGAAACUUAUUUAGUGAAGACAAGGACAGCUACCACAACCCAUGUGAUCAACAAGGUACCGUCUACCCCCAACCCAAGUGUUAAGCCUAUACGGUUGGGUAGUGGGCAGCUCAGCAAGUCAAGCUUCAGCAUACCCGCCAAUAAUCCACUUGUUACACAGCUCCUUCAAGGAAAGAACGUCCCAUUAGAGCAAAUCAUGCCCCGGCCUCUAACCAAAGGGGAAAUGAAGACCGUGCUGAUGGCAUCUGCCGAAAGACCACAAGUGCCGGAACCUUGUGGUAGGGACGAGGUAGAGCGACCUCCCAAUACAGCUGCUCAGCAGCUGGAGAGAUUCUUGUGCCACAAUCGGCAGCAUCCUUCAGGUCAAAGGAUAUGGCAACUGUUUUCAGGUAAAGACUUGAAAGGUUCUGGUAAGACUCCGAUACAAGGUCCGGAGGAGCGUGCCGCGAGCCAGGAGCAGGAGCUACAGACUCUCAUCAAGAAGGUUUGGCAAGAAAAUGCGAAUCCAUCAGAGUUCGGUGCAGCCCCGUGUCCUGCCCAAAGGGAAAACAUUUCCCAGAGGUUCAUGCUCGGUUUUCUGGGAAGAAGGACAUCCAAGCCGGCCAUGUCUGGCCAUUAUCUGCUCAACAUCUCGACCUACGGUAGGGUUCCAGAAGUGUGUAGACAAGCUCCUACAGACAGCACAGUGGAUACUUCUGUGACUGAUCCCGAGGUUGUGGAUAAUAAGAAGAGUAGAACAGAGUCUAUUACAGAGAGUGGAGAGGAGGACACUGAGUCUGAGGAGUCUCCAUCUCCAUCGCUUACAUCUCGAAUGAGAACUUCUCCAAAAUCUGAACCUCAGAAGACGGCAAACAGUGAAUUUCUAUCGACAUUUGACAUGAAGGAGACUGUGCAGAUUGUCACGAAGGGCAACAUCUACAACGAAUCGGAUAUUGCCCGGGAUUUCAUACAAGCUGCCCAGGCCAAAGUGGCCAAUGUAUUGGGGGUCAGGUUGAAACAUAAUACCUCCGACAUGUUCGGAAUCCAUGCUUCAUCCGGGUCACCCCAUCCAGAGUUACUGCAGGCAUCAAGGACUUGUGGGAAUCCUGCCGGCUACAGUGGCACGAUCAACAUCUCCACACUACCGGAGGGCCUCAACAGGUCUGCCAUCCCCACAGGGGGGAAUUUUAAUCCAGCGAAUACAGACAAUGUUGUGUCCUUCUCUGUGACGGUGACAACAAUCCCUUCCAUCGUAAGCUCCGGUGGUUGUGAACAACCCAUCUCGGUCCAGACUUACACCGAUGACGGCACUAUGGAAAUGUCUCCUUCCAAAUGCUACUGCCGGCUGAAAGCCAUGAUCAUGUGUAAGGGCUGUGGCGCAUUCUGCCACGACAAUUGCAUUGGUCCUUCUAAACUGUGCGUGUCCUGCCUCGUGGUACGGUGACCCCCCCUCCGUCAUAUCCAUGGAUGGAAGUUUUACCUUAUGAUGUAGGGUAAACCCUUCUGGUGGGUCAUUCUAUGGCUUGCGUAGCCCUUUUUUUUUAGAUAGUUUUAUUGAUGAAGAUCCUACCGGGUACGUUGUAGGGUACAUGCCAACCCUUGAAGGGGUACUCUACGGCCCCAUCGUUUGGAACAACUUCGCUCCGUGCCGGAUGACGGGCAAUGCGGGGUGGAGGCUCGUGACGUCACGGUCACGCCCCGCUUGUGACGUCACGCCCACGCCUCCUCAAUGCAAGUCUAUGGGAGGGAUGUCCGCAGCCCGCACCCAGAGUUUGGAACAAAAUCUUCCAAACUCUGGGGUAGUGGAGUACCCCAUUAAUAAUCAUGACAUAAGUUUGCACUUAAAAUUGUAAAUAAUACACGAGUGUUGAUACUUUUUUAUUUUUUUGUUACAAAUUGUAAGAUCCGAUUUCCAAAGACUGAAGCAAUAUGUCCCAGGUCACUCGUUGUCCACUCCCUUGUUUUAGUGUAUGCACUAUGGGAGAUCCCAAACCUAAGCAAUAAUUUCAAACUACCUAAAAUCGCUGCCCCGUAUGGAACCUCGGUGGGUUUGUUCAGAUAUUGUCGGUGAGAGAAAAGCUUUCGGUUAACAGGACUGUCACCAUAUAGAGGUGCAUCACGUGUAUAAGGUGAUCAAGACCGGCCGGACCCCCAUUCUCCAUAUGAUGGCGUCUGCUGUACGUAGGACGAUCAGGAAAGGCUUGACCAUACUAAGUGCACAAUGUGGGGGGGAGCUGACCAGACCAUCCAAAAAACAUUACUGAUGCUUGUGCGUCUUUUAGUCUUGGUCCAAAUAGCACUUUUGGUUAAGGAAUAAGCACUUACGACUUGCGGGUAAAGUUUUGUGAAGCCUUCGAUAGAUGUCCAUGGACAACACUGUGAUUGUUUUGUUUUCCUUAAAGGGGUACUCCGCCGCUUAGCAUUUGGAGCAAACUUACGCUGGGGCCAGGAACCGGGAGCUCGUGACGUCAUAGCCCCGCUCCAUCAUGAC